GCGAGUGUGUUUUUUUAAAUUAUUCAACAUAAUUCGUAGUUUGUUUUGGUCGAGGAAGCAGGACCAUUAUCCAGAAACGCUAGCCGAGGCGCGCGCAAUUCAGGACAUCGAGAGUUUACGAAACGAUCAGCAGCAGUAGCCGCCCUAUUGGACGAGAAACCAGGCGAUCCUUCAGCCACAAAAUGGAAGCCGUCGCAAAGCACGACUUUAACGCCACAGCGGAUGAUGAGCUGAGCUUCAGAAAGAGCCAAGUUUUAAAGAUUUUAAACAUGGAAGACGACAUGAACUGGUACCGGGCGGAGCUGGACGGCAAGGAAGGACUGAUACCUAGCAAUUACAUAGAAAUGAAAAAUCACGACUGGUACUACGGGCGCAUCACACGAGCGGACGCGGAGAAGCUGCUGUCGAACAAACACGAGGGCGCGUUUCUGAUACGGAUCAGCGAGUCGAGCCCCGGUGACUUCAGCCUAUCGGUCAAGUGCUCCGACGGCGUGCAGCACUUCAAGGUGCUGCGCGACGCACAGGGCAAGUUCUUCCUCUGGGUGGUGAAGUUCAACUCGCUGAACGAGCUGGUCGACUACCACCGUACCGCUAGUGUGUCCCGGUCGCAGGACGUUAAACUGCGCGAUAUGGUGCCAGAAGAGAUGUUGGUGCAGGCUCUGUACGACUUCGUAGCGCAAGAAUCCGGCGAGCUGGACUUCCGACGAGGGGACGUCAUCACGGUGACGGACCGUUCCGACGAGCACUGGUGGAACGGCGAGAUUGGCAACCGGAAAGGACUGUUUCCAGCAAUAUACGUAGCACCGUACCAUUCAUAAAACAUAAGUAUUUUACUCGCCUCGUACACACACACACAUACACACACUCACAUUCGCACCAUACAUGCGGUGUAACCACCACCCCCGCCCCUACCCCCACAUUACAUGCCAACAAACGAAGCGAACUAAACUGCAAACAAACAAACAAAACCGUUCGCGCAGGCCCACUUCCAAAAAAAAGGCACCCAAUCACGCACGCCCCGGCGCAUUCCCGUUCACUUUUAUAAUGCGUUUUUAUACACGUUUAUAAAACCCCCUGAAAAAAGCAACAAUAGUCAAGGGUAUCGUAUCAACAACAAAUAGACACAACUUCCGAUGGUUGGGGAGUUUUAGGUUGGAAGAGUAGAAAAAACGAAUGUUUUAACGGUUGCGCUUUGGAAGACGAAAAGAGGUGUAAUAUUUGACCCAUCCAGUAUCUGUAUCUGUCUGCUUCGCCCAAUACCAGCAUUAUGUUAUUCGGAGCCCAAGGAAGUACCCGUCGUUAGCGGAACCCUCUAAAUCUAUAUUAUAUAUUUUUUAAAUGUGUAGCGAAAAUUGUGAAGAAAAAUGAGCAGAAACGGGCUAGUAAGGUAAAGAAAAGUGUGUGCAAAGGUACCGCAAUCGAACAUGCAAUAGAAAAAACGUGCCACAGGAAGGCUGAAGUCAGGUAGUUCAAGCGCGAAACGCAUGGUGUGAGAUAUCCCGUGAUGGUUGAGGUCAGCGAAGGAUGCUGAAGAGUCUUUGCCUUCACGCUGGAAGGUGCUCCAAUAGUCAGACGAGGGUAUAUAUCAUAAUACAUGUGUAUAUCUCAUAAUAUCACCUAAAUCAAAACCAGGAGAUCACGAGGGAUCUCAAUCGAAUCGGAACAACUGUCGAGUCUUCGAAACGAGCAGAAAGUGUUACUGAGAAAGGGUUACUGAUGCCGCUCUCGCUCGAACGUAUGUGAGAUGUUCUGCUCCUUCGGAAGGAUAAUGUUAAUAUUUUAUUACUGUAAUGUUUGCUUUGUAAUUGUAAACAAAAGAACAAUCAAGUGUGUACGUGAACGGUUUGUUUAGGGUGGUUGUUAUGUUGCAAGGCGUUAUUCCGUGUACUAAUCUUAUGAUUUAUGGACCUUUUUUUUAUGAAAAAUAACUUUUAUAUCGUUUAUUCUGCGCCGAAAAGAUCGUUCAAUUCGUACUAAAUUCGUGAAAAGGUUUUGUGGCCAUCAACGAUCACUUUUUACGUUUUACACUUCCUUGGCCGCAUAUAAUACAACAAAUUUUCUUUCUUGAUGGGGUUAAUUUAUUUUUAUUAAUUUAAAUUAACUAACUCAAUCACCAUCAACGGGAUGGUUGUGUCGAAAACAAGAGAGAGAGAUGUCGGCAACCUCACAUAGCCGAUGGAAAAACAAUACGCAUAAGCGUCCGGCUGGGAAAACUGCUGCUAAUGGUGGCGAAUAGAAAUCAAAAAGGCAAAAUUCUAAGCAAUCGCAUCAAAAGAAUCAACUCAAUAUAUCUAUCAAUGCGGGGUAAAGAACCCAUAAACCACAAGCCGUAUUGACACAUGCGCUACUCAACUCGAAUGGUUUGAUCCAGUCAAGAUCCAUAGGGUUCUUUGCUAUGAAGCUUUUUUUAAGUCUCUCUUUCUCGCCAACCAACGUAAAACAACAGGAAAGAAGGGAAUGAAACCGUGUUUUGAAUGUGCUGGAAGUGGUCUUUGCGGUGCGCAGGAACGGAAGAAUAAUGAAUCCUCAAGUAAAAAAGUAAAAAAAAAAACAAAUCAUUUGUAUAAAGAUAAGUAAGCAAAACAGCGCAUUUCUUCAAGCAAA